UACUCCAAAGUGUAUGUGAGGGGUAUAUUACUCGAAAGCAGACCCGUAAGCAAUCAACUGGAUGCGGAAGGCCUCUUGCUUCAGGUUGAUGACCUUCACCUGUGUGCUGGAGCAAUGGAUUUGAAAGAAUACACUGAAGAAUAUUUCACACCAAGCCUCAGACGUCAUGCUGUUAUAAGAGACAAAACUUAUUUCAGCAGCAACUGCCUUACCACAGUGCAAAUAGGUGGACAGUGUCCCUCCUGCAAAUACUUUAGGAAAAGUCUACUUGCAGGAAAGUCGAGAGUACGACGAAGUGUUGCAAAGCAAACGCAACCCAUUGCCCAAAAGUUUAAGCUGCUACGACAGAAAAACAGGCGGCUGUCAUCACGCUUGAACACUGUGUCUGAGGACCUCGAAAGACUGCAGAAGAGGGCUGCUGCAUUGAAAGAAGAAGUGUUGGAAGAAAAGAUAUCAAAUCUCCCACCAAGACAGCAGGAGGCGGUUAGGCACUGCUUUUCUGCUGCCAAAGUCAGAAGUAAAGGCACCAGAUACAGCAAGAAAUGGGUGCUUGAAUGCAUAAUCAUGAAAAUGAAAAGCCCAAAACUCUAUGAGCAUCUUCGUAAAAACCAAAUAAUGUGCCUGCCAAGUAGAUCCACUUUGAAACGUUAUCUAGCUUCAUACCGGUCAACUUUUGGCUUCAACAGCAAAGUCUUGCGACAGCUGAAAGCAAAAACUGUCGGCAUCGACCCCUUCAGGAGGCACGGAGGCAUCAUAAUUGAUGAGCUAAAGUUGUCCGAACACUUGUCGGUAAAGCAGAAUGGCGUGAUAGAAGGCUUUGUGGAUCUUGGACAAUUUUCAACCCCUGCACAGAGGCAUACAGUGUCUGAUCAUGGAAUGGUGGUCCUUUUUGUGCCAUUUGUUGGCAAGUGGAGCCAAAUAAUCGGUUCCUUUGCCACAAGUGGCAACAUGAAAGCAGAAGUACUGGCAAAAGUCAUUACGGAGGCUACUAUUCUCGCAGAAAAUAGUGGGCUGUUCGUGGACUUCGUCACUUGUGAUGGGGCCAGUUGGAAUCGCAAAAUGUGGAAAAUCAUGGGAAUAGGGGGUGGUGCAACAUAUGUGAACUGUAAUGUUCAGCAUCGAGUCGACUCCUCUAGAAGCCUGUUCUUUCUGUCAGACUUCCCGCAUCUGAUCAAGUGUCUCCGGAACUCCCUUUUGAAAAAUGGAUUUGAUACUCCAGAUGGUCUUGUCACAGUGGAGCAUGUGAAGGAGGCGUACAAGAUAGACGCAUCUAGCCUGACAUUGAAAGCCAUGACUGGAAUCACUCAACGUCAUCUUGCACCAAACAACUUUGAGAAGAUGCGUGUGACAUAUGCCUUCCAGCUGUUUGGCAAAAAAGUGCUACAAGGGCUUCACCUUUAUAAGGCAGAGCUUGAGAAGAAAUAUGGCAGUGUGACGGCAACACAGACCUUCUUCAAGCGCAUACGUACACUCAUAGAUGGGAUGACAUCUCGGUUCCCAGCGGAGGCUCUUCGACCCAGCUCACAGCGACUGACGGCACUGAAAGACUUCCUAGUAUUUCUCAACCAAUGGGAGCGACAUGCAAAGCACACAAGAAGAUUCUUGAGCGACUCCACUGCUACUGGUCUCCGUGUUACGAUAACUAGCACAAUAGGUCUGCUUACGUAUGUCACUGAGAAACUGAACUACAAGUACCUAAUGACAUCCAAAUUAAGCCAGGACCCUUUAGAAAAUUUAUUUGGAAUCAUUAGACAGUCAUCAGGCAGCAACGAACACCCAACCCCGACCCAGUUUUUAAUAAUAGUCAACUGCCUUUCGUUCUAUGGACUUGUGAAGUGUGUUUCUGAAGGUAACUGCGAGGAAAACACACUAGCCUCACUGCUAGAUAUUUCAGAUGAAGAAAGGACUGAGCCAUGUCGGAGCCACAGCCAACGCCAAACACAAGAGGCAACUAAAACUGCACAAGUGCGAGACCAAGACCAGCAGAGUGCAACGCUUGAUCAUAACCAGCACAUAGCAAAAAGCGAUUCUCGCCUAAUUUUUCAUAUUGCUGGGUAUGUUGUGCGGAAGUGUGUCAUAAAAGCAAGCUGCCAAGACUGCUUUGACCUCGUUACGAUGCAAAAGCCAGACGAAAACUUUCAGCUUGUCCGUUAUACGAGGUUCAGUGACAAUGGAGGGCUCCUGUAUCCAUCUGCAAAACUUUAUGGUUUCGUGCAAAACCUUGAGGACCUCUUUACAGAGUGUUUUAGUUGCACCAAGCUGUCUGCUGACAGUGUCCUGGACAUGCUAGAAGUGGUGCGAGCAAGGCUUCAUCGUGAAGUUGGUUGCACACUUCACUCUGAAAAAUUGACAAGGGACACUAUAAGGUUUUAUGUUGUUGUGAGAAUUCACUUCUAUGUGAAAGGACUCAACUCGGAGUGUUCACAGAAAAGAGAGAGGGCUAAACAUUUAAAGUUGAGCCGUACAUGAAAGCGUAGUACAAAAGUUGCGGCAUGCUUAUUUGAAAACUUGAAUAAACAAUCAAUCUCCUCUGCAUGAUUUGUGAGGUUAUCCGAAAUUCUGUUGUUUCUAUUUUUAUAUUGCAUGACGUAUUGUUAUUGCAGUCACGACGGCACGUGUGAAAACUGGGAGCGAUGCGAAUUCCAGGACAAUAGAGGUUGCUGUUACAUUGGUACUUGAAGUGGCGCUUGAAGUCAAUUUGUAUUGAACAACUUUACGAGCGCGCUCGAGAAAAGCAAAAGGCGAUUCGUAGUCAAGCACAUAUGUAGGCCACCGUGUAACAGUAUUUGAUCUGGAUUAAGUUCAAUCAGCUUUGACUCAAUGGCACUUGAAAUUGCCCAUUUUGGGAAUAAAAAAAUUAAAUUAGGAGGUUUUACGUGCUGAAAACCACGAUCUGAUUAUGACCGAGGCACGCCAUAGUCGGGGACUCCGGAACAUUUUCUUAGCAGCCCAACACCAUAGCCACUAAGCAACCACGGCGGGUGAACAGGCCCAUUUCGGGAAUCAAUUUGCAGUUAGGUGCGAGCAUUGAAAGUGGUCAGAGGGCUUUGUUUCAGUUUCAUAAAAGCACAAGGACUUAGUAGAUCGAAACAGAACCUCAGCAGGAAAUGCAGAAUAAGCACCUAAUCGAAUAACACCGCACGCUUAUAAGCU